CUUCGCUUCAGAAAACAAAAAGCCAUGUUUCGAGUCAAUAUUUUGUAAAAUUGUACAAACAUCAUACCAUCAAAUUCUGCCAUCCUUUUUCAUCUCAUUCGCUAAGGAAGCUAAAACAUAACGCACAUGUUUCUCUUUUACAGUAUCUGCAGCUGCCUUUACACUGAAGCUGUUUGUUUUUUCCUGCAGCACAACUCUGGCCGACUGUCUGCAGAAUGCUGGUGUCCCGGAGUGGCACAUCAGUUUGAUCAGUUCGCCCCAGCACUCCUUCCUCUCCUCUUUCUCCCUCCCUUACUCUUCCUCUUGCUUUCUCAUUCUCCUGCCACCCGGCACAUGAAAAAAGGAAGGAGCUGUGCCUCUCAGUUGCUGACCGAGGGGAGAGAAGUGGGAGAGGGGAACAGGAAGGAAUGAAGAGGAGAGGAGAGGAGAGGAGAGGAGAAAGAGGCAGCGACACACUUGCAUCUGUUGUGGCAGCGUCCUGGAACCGGGAAGCAAAUGAGACAGUGUGAGAGAGGUAGAAAGAGUAUGCCAGAGUGAGAGGAGAGAGAGAAAGAGAAGGGGAUGUCAGACAGCCGUGUCCUUGAGAACUGCACCACAACUCUUUGAAGAGAGCCGGGAGAUGGUUAUCUGAGAAGUGAGCACACCAGAUACACACAGCAGUCACCCGAGUAGAAGAAUAUCAGGAGGUUGACCUGACAAUGACCCGGUAUCGUCGAUGGAUUUGGUAGGACACCCGCUAUCCGAGUGUUUUUUAAUGCACUCUGAACAAGAAAUGAACUUAUCGAAGGGCCCAUUGGUGAACAGCAGCAGUGAAGACAACUCCAAGUCAACUUUUGGUAAAUGUGGCGCGGGCGCCUGGAGGAUGCACCAGAACUACGAUCCAGUGGAGGUCAACCACAUGAGAGACGCACAUGCCCUCUACAACCCCAGGCUUCUCUGCAGAAUGUCCAGUAAGGAGCGCCACCUUGAGUCCAACUGUCCGUCCUCUUACAUAAAGACUGAGCCCUCUAGUCCUGCCUCCUUGACUGACAGUCUAAACCAUCACUCCCCCGGCGGCUCCAGCGACGCCUCAGGCUCAUAUUCGUCAACGAUGAACGGCCACCCCAACGGAUUAGACUCCCCGAGUCUUUACGGCUCCAACGCAGGGCCGCUGGGUCCCGCCAGCGGCCCCGGAUCGAAGCGGUACGAGGACUGUUCGUCAACUAUCGGGGAAGACUCACAGAUCAAGUGCGAGUACAUGCUGAACUCAAUGCCCAAGAGGCUGUGUCUGGUGUGCGGGGACAUCGCGUCAGGGUACCACUAUGGCGUGGCUUCCUGUGAGGCCUGCAAAGCCUUCUUCAAACGCACCAUUCAAGGCAACAUCGAAUACAGCUGUCCAGCCACCAACGAGUGCGAGAUCACCAAGAGGAGACGCAAGUCGUGUCAGGCCUGCCGCUUCAUGAAGUGUCUUACUGUGGGCAUGCUGAGGGAGGGUAAGGGAAAAGGUGUCCGUCUGGACAGGGUUCGUGGUGGGAGACAGAAGUACAAGCGCCGGAUAGAUGCAGACAACAGUCCAUACCUGAAUCCACAGCUGGCUCUGCCCCCCAAGAAGCCAUUUGCCUUUGGCUGCCUUGCAGAUAACAAAAUCGUCUCUCACCUGCUGGUGGCCGAGCCAGAGAAGAUUUACGCUAUGCCCGACCCGACCGUGCCAGACAGCGACAUCAAGGCCCUGACUACGCUCUGUGACCUCGCGGACAGAGAGCUGGUGGUCAAUAUCGGCUGGGCCAAACAUAUCCCAGGUUUCUCCACGCUGUCUUUGGCAGACCAGAUGAGUCUACUGCAGAGUGCAUGGAUGGAGAUCUUGAUCCUGCGCGUGGUGUACCGCUCCCUGUCCUUUGAAGACAAGCUGGUGUACGCUGAGGACUACAUCAUGGAUGAGGACCAGUCAAAGCUUGCUGGACUUCUGGACCUGAACAACGCCAUUCUCCAGCUGGUCAAGAAAUACAAAUCCAUGAAACUAGAGAAGGAGGAAUUUGUCACGCUCAAGGCGAUCGCCUUGGCUAACUCAGACUCCAUGCACAUCGAAGAUGUGGAUGCAGUACAGAAGCUCCAGGACGUGCUCCACGAGGCCCUGCAGGACUACGAGGCCUCCCAGCACCAGGAGGAUCCCCGCCGGACGGGCAAGCUGCUCAUGACCCUCCCCCUGCUCCGCCAGACCUCCACCAAGGCCGUGCAGCACUUCUACAGCAUCAAGCAGGACGGCAAAGUCCCGAUGCAUAAACUCUUCCUGGAGCUGCUGGAAGCCAAGGUGUGAGGACAGGGGAAAUGGACGGAGGACAGCCAGACACCAGUCUGAACCACCCAAGCUUCACCUCAAAUUCUGAACAGCAACGUUGAAUGACCUCUUUCUCUUUGACACGCACACAUUCUGACACCUCACACACACACACACACACACAGAAAUAUGUCCUUGAAGUACGUCUUCUGAUGAGUCCCCCCCUUUGAAUAAACAAGUCAAUUUUACCUUUUGACUCCUAAAACUCCAGCGACCUGAGAAACGUGCACCUGUUUGAAUCCGUGCUCUGGGGACGACACUGACAGACUGACAUGAACUCGGUAUGAUUGAAGGGAAGAUGAUGUUUCCUUCUGACACUACGAACAAUCACACACACGUUUCCACGGUGACUCCGGACACUGGCGAUCCAAACGGUCACUUAUGCAUUUAAUAACAGUUAAGACGUUAUUAAUGACGGACGCUAAAAUGAGGAUACAUUUGAAAGACACUUAAAAAAAAACUCUUAUCGUUUGAGUUUGGAGAGACUCUAAAGACUGCACUCAUGUCUCCGCCCCCCACAGCAGUUUUUUUAAGGUGUUCAACAAAAAACAUGUGGGGGAGAAAGGAAAAAAAAAAGAA